GGGGAUUAUCGACAGCUGUACGUGUUGUGCCGUGUCAGCGGACGACGUUUUGGUUUCUCCUGCCCACUGCCUCGACGCCAAUUUACCUUAGUCACCUUGCAUACUUUGAACAGGCCAAUCAACUUCUAUCCCACUGGUCCGUUUAAGCCAUGGAGAUCGAAGUCUUGUCCGUGAGCGGCAAGUCCGUUACGGUGCUGCAAAAUGUUGGGCCUACUACCUCAGUCGCUGACAUAAAAAAGGAAGUGCACAAGGCAAAUAAAUUGAGCAUCCACCGACAAGCUAUCAGAUUAGAAACUCGAGGCCAGACUUUGAAAGAUGAAGAAACCAUCAAGAGCUUGGGACUUCGCAGUGGCUCAAAGAUUUAUGUUAAAGACUUGGGUCCUCAAAUUGGAUGGAAAACAGUAUUUCUAGCUGAGUAUGCAGGUCCCUUGGUGGUGUACUUGUGGAUGUAUCAGAGGCCGUGGCUUUUCUAUGGCAGUGGAGCCGAUUCUGUUCCUACCCAUCAAAUUGUGCAUAUUGCAGCUGGCUGUUACGCUAUCCACUAUGUGAAGAGGCUCCUUGAAACUAUUUUUGUCCAUCGCUUCUCUCAUGCAACCAUGCCUUUCUUUAAUUUAUUCAAGAACUGCAGCUAUUAUUGGCUCUUCACUGCCUAUGUAGCUUACCAUGUGAAUCACCCAAAAUAUACGGCUCCAUCAGAACUGUUCAUGUAUGGUGGACUGGCCAUGUUCCUUAUUUCAGAGUUGGGAAACCUAAGCAUCCAUGUGGCACUUAGGAACCUGCGUCCUCCUGGAACCAAAGUCCGACGCAUUCCGGUUCCCACUGGAAAUCCAUUUACCAUUUUGUUCAAUUUUGUGUCUUGCCCAAACUAUACCUAUGAAUUUGGCAGCUGGCUGGGAUUCACAGUCAUGACAUCAUGCCUUCCUGCUGGUCUCUUUGCGUUUGCUGGCAUGUACCAAAUGUCUAUCUGGGCUCUUGGAAAGCACAAAGCUUACAAAAAGGAGUUUCCCAACUAUCCCAAAGGCAGGAAAGCCAUUGUGCCGUUUAUUCUCUGAUUUCUCUUGCAAAUGACAUACACAUUGGUAAGCUUAUUUACUUAGAAACUUUCAGUUUCGUCAUUAGACUGCAAGAGUAAACUUCCAUAACUUUUAACAGUUUGUAAAUGUCUCCAAAGUGCACUAUUGCACAUACAAUUGAGUCAAAUCAAGGUUGGAUUCCAACUAGAUUAUUUCUUCUGCAUUCCAAAGACAAAACGAACAAAAACUUUUCCUAGACACCCUGUGUCAACAGAGUAAUCCAGUAUACAUUAGGUUAGUACAUUCUUAAAGGAAUGUUGUUCUCACUUCUUUACCUUAAAAUAACUGCAGUCUAAAAUUAUGGGUGUACGUAAUAUGAAUUAUAAAUAAAUUUUAAAAAAUU